AUGGAGUCAGAGGAUCCUCCAGGCGGAGCCAGCAGCUCCGCCGGCGCCAGCAGCUCCGCCGCUGGCUCGGCGGCCUCGCCGCCGGUCAGCUUGACGCCCGCGGACAUGGCGAGGAUCAACAUGAACCGCAUGGUGGCCAAGGAGCUCAGGGCCAACAAGCACGACAGGUCGCCCGAGGACGCCGCCGGGCCCCCGCUCGUCGCUGACCAGCUGGCUGACGGCCCGACGUCAUUCAAAAGGCGAAUGGUCUCAGAUGAAGAAUUAUCGGCAGACCUGGACGAUUCCUUCAGCAGGCGGAAGUUGACGAGCAAGCGCGUCUCCUCCGGCAAGUCGUGGCACGCGAGCGGCCCUGAGGACUUGGAGGGGUGUUUGGAUUUCUUCUCGAAGAACCUCGAGCCGAUGCGGAAUCUCCAGUCGGCCAGCCCGCAUCUUGACAUGCAGGACGGCUUGAUCCGCUCCUUGCAACAACCAAUGGUGAUCACGGAGACUUACGCGGGCGCAGGAACCGCAGCGGCGGUGGCCACGUACAUCUUCGGCCGCGGCAGCGAGUUUUACAACGAGUCGUUCGUGCAUAACUGCGUUGUGCAUUCGGCGUGUGACAUCGGGGAGACGAGCUUCAAGGUAUUGAGCAACCACAGCGAGAGGAGCAGGGCGCUCCAUAUCUUCGAUGAUGUGUUGGAUAGGCUCCCUUCAGACUUGCGGGAGGAGCUCGAGGCGUUGCAGGUGGCCAGGUUGGCGGAGUUCAAGGAUCUCAAGGCGCAGUACAAGGGGGCUCAGGACACCCCCCCGACCCUCGACAAGGCCGCGUUUGAGGAGGGAAAGGCCAGGCUCAGUCAAUCGUACGUCGCCGAGUUGAACCAGAAGUUGAGCAGCGUCAGUUUUCUGGAAAAGCAGUGGUGCAUCAAGUGCCAGGCCAUGUGCGACAUCAGCCCUCGGAGCCAGCAGCAUCGACGGAAGCACCGCUGGGUAGAGGUGGGCGGCCACACGUGCGACCCAUGGACUGCCAUCGGGUCGCACAACAACUUUCUUGAUCCUGCGACUCUCCCAGCAUUGGUGUGGAUACACUCUUGUCGGUUUUUCGAACCGGACGACGUGGUCGACGAAUGCACGCCUCUCUUCGAGCCGAGGUUUUUCACCGAGAUCUUGAACUUGACGUCCGUGGCCGAGGAGCGGGGCGCCGAUGACGAGCUGCUGGCGUCGCAGGGGGGUCCUCCCCCAAAGCACCCGCUCAGUCGGCCGACUGAGUCUCAUGAAGAUUCGACGGCGCGCACCUACGACCAGUUCACAGUGCGCUUCAGCCCGACCGACCUCGGGAUCCCUUCCUGCCGCCGGAGGGUGUACACUUGGUUCUCGUUGGGUGGAGUUGUCCAGCAGGACUACGAUCCGCCUGGGGCGCCGAGGGUCAACACGUGGUUGUUCGAGGAGAUGUUCUACCGCAAGUGCGUUGUCGACGGGUCGAUCUACAUGGUCGGCGACACGUUCGAGGUGAUGGAGUCGCACGGGGUCGCGUGGGCUCGCAAGAGGCAGGAGGACGCGAGGGGCGCUAGCCACGGCGAGAUCAGCGCGUCCGACUUGCGAGAUAUCAUUGAUAUCAUGGCGACGCUCGCGAUAAUGGGGUACCCGACCCCCUCGAUGGAGCCGAAGACGUCCGAGGCGACGGGGGAGGACUGGCAGCUGGGGGUGAUUCAGGUCGUGGACAGCGACGAUGACGGCGGUGAUGCAGGGCGGGCCGUCGGAGGCGGCGCGGCCGAGGGGGCCGAGCGCCCCGCGGUAUCGGCGACCUUCUUGGACCUCGGCCCCUUCGGCGAUGCCACGUGCAAGGUCCGCCUUGCGCAGUACCAGGACCACGAGGCGUGCAAGAAGUUCAUGUCGAAGAAUCCCCCCGCCUGCAUCGUCAACUUACAGCAGAAUCCGUGCAUGUACAGCGCGGGCAGCAACGCCCCUGCGCUGCUGCGGCGCAGCCUACUCUUCGACCUCGUGCAUAUGAAAGAGUUGAUCCCCAUCCAGCACUUCUUGAUUCAGGGUUACCCCGUUCCGAUUCCAGGGGCCGUCAGCGAGGGCCUCAGCAAGCACUUCCCCUUCCCCGGCCUCGUCACGCCGAACAGCUCCCAGGGCAACGCCUUGCAGUUGGGCGACAAUGAGGCGCGCCAGAUCACCGGCGUCGGUUUCCACUGGGCCUGCAUCGGGGCCAUGUUGACCUUCCUGAUGGCGACGUCCACCGUGGCCAAAGCUUACCGCCAGACCGAGCUCCCCAUUGUUGUCGAGGGCGACGACGCCGACCCCCCCGAUUCGCCGGGCUCGAGCCGGUACUCUCUGAACACGGCGAGGCCUCGCCAACACAACGAGUGCAUGCAGGCGAUGAUCUAA